AUGGACGCUCAUCGUCAACGGGAAUCUAAAUGGAUGGCGCUGAUGUCCACGUGGCCUCCGGCGCAGGCAUGUCAGAGCAAGAAGGUGUGGGAGCUCUUGCAAGAAGCUGUUCCGUCUUCCGUGUGUUACCUUGUUUGGGUACACCUUACGUGUUCGAGGGGAGGUGUCCCUGCUUCUGGGGAGAUUGAGAAAGAUAUGGGAUCGCGGUUCUUCUAG